AAAGAGCUGGGAAUUAAAGAACUGAUACCAGCCUAUCUUGAUCCCAAACUCAACCCUCAAGAUUUAUCAACUGGUGUCAGCUUUGCGUCUGGAGGAAGCGGAUACGACCCUCAAACAUCUCAACUCGCGUCAGUGACACCAAUAUCCAGUCAACUGAAUCAAUUCAAGGAGUACAUUACAAAGCUGAAAGGUGCAGUUGGAGAAGAAAAGGCAAAAUACAUAUUAAGCAACAGCAUAUAUCUUGUGGUGGCAGGUAGUGAUGACGUGGCCAACACCUAUUUCACAAUCGGCACACGGCGCGUACAAUACGAUAUUUCUUCGUACGCUGAUCUCCUUGUUUCUUCAGCUUCCAGUUUUAUACAGGACAUAUACAAGCUUGGUGCAAGAAGAAUAGCCGUUUUCGGUGUCCCACCAGUCGGCUGCUUGCCAGCUCAGCGAACACUUGCCGGUGGGUCAAUAAGAUUCUGUGCCGAGCCUUACAAUCAGGCGGCACAAAUCGUUAACGCCAAACUCUCGACUGCACUUGAUUCCUUAACUGGAACUCUGCCUCAGUCGAGGGUGGUUUACAUUGACAUUUAUACCCCUCUUCUUGAUCUCAUCAUGUACCCUCAAAAAUACGGUGAGCCAGUAUCAUAUGAU